AUGCCCGUUGCAAUUCAAACUACACUUUUGAUUUACCUUCUAUUCGAAGUUAAUAUUUUUUACGGCUCAAAGGAGCAACGGGGACUCAUCGACUGCGCGCAGGUGCGUUUGUGCGGAACUCGCUGCAUCGAGAAUGGGGGCCCGGGCUCAGCACCGGAGGAGAGUGUCAGACGCUCAAUGAAAACGCUCUGCACUUGUGCCGCACUUGCGGUGGCGACCGCAUUUGCGCGCGGGAACUUUGCUGGUGCUCUCAAUCAAGACUCCCCGUUUUCCGCAAUUGUGAGGGACGAACAAGCUAAGAUAACGGGCAUAACUAAGGCAGACGGCGAUACCCACUGCACGGGGAAAAUAAAUGAGUGGCGCAAAACGAUUGAUUCAAAGGCUGUUGAAUACAAUGCCUACACAGCAGGGGAUCCCGCAACAGAACUUGAUAGUUUUCUCAACUUGACCAAAUGCACUGAUAUCAAGUCUGGGGCAUACAACCACAUCGUCGACAAGAGUGGGACUGGCAAAAUGUUUGUUAUCUCAGCCGCCAAGUCAGACGAGGCUGCCAGGUCCAAUAUGACCUGCGAUGACGCUCUUAACGAAUGGAAAAAGGGAUUUGAAGCCUUCAACGGGCAGUAUCCUUCAGUGUACACGGAAAAAACCGGCGCGUAUGCAAACCCAAACGCUGUAGGCCUUGUCAGCUUGUUGAGCGACCAGGCGCAGGCCAUUUACUGUGGCACUGCUAACAAUUGUGAUGGAAUCUUCGUCUGCUAUUUCAAGCCCUCUCACAUAAAUGCGUCCGACCGGCCUGUGAGUCCCGAGAUGUGGCACAAGGUUGAGGAGAGCCACAAGACAAAGCCCAAGCUGACAGCACACGAUUCUGAACACGGAAAAUGCUUGGAAGCCGUCAAUGCUGUGCGUAAGGUUGCGGGUCUCGACCUACCCGAAUUCACAGCCCCAAAGGCACUCAAGUCACUCCGAGUGGGCAGAGGGGCAGGCGGAACCGACUAUGAGAAGGCUCUGUACAACCUGACUUGCAAGGAGAUAGAGGGAGCAACAAUCGAUCCGACUGUGCGCCUGCGAGCCGUUGCAGAAGAGCACACUCUUAUCUACGCCACCAGUAAAGAGAGUCAAACGCCCCCCACCGCUGAAGAAGCUGUCAAGUUCUGGCAGUCUGGAUAUAGCAUGCUGGGCACCGAACUUCCGCCAUCCUUCAAAAAAAAGGGUACCAGUCGUGAGAGCAGCACCGAGGCGAUAACAGGCGAGAUAUACUACAAGAACGCAGUGGCUGGUUACGUUUCUCUCAUGGCCGACAACGCACGCGAGAUGCGCUGCUACGAUGCCACUGGAUGCACAAACGCUGCCGCACUUCUCUGCUUCCUUAAGGAGCCGACCCUGGUAAAUGACCAACCACCCAUUAGCGCGACAACAUGGAAAAAAAUUUUGGCCCUCAACGAAGGGGAAGAGGAACAAGGAGGUUCCGGAAGCGCAAUCAAGUUCCAAAAGCGCAGUGACAAGGAAAGCUGCCUCACAGAGAUCAAUGAGUUCCGCACGCAAGAGGGUCUUGGCCUGAAAGCCUUCGUUGCCGAGACAUCGACUUCGACAGGAGAUUCGACAGAAGGAUCGAUCACCGCAAAAGCAGCUCAAGUGCUUGCGAAAGAAUUCACAUGUGACGGCCUCAAAGCUGGAAAUGCACCCAUCCUGUACUCCGACUCAAAACUCAGCGUGAUGUACUACUCUGGCGAAAGCGCCACAUGUUCUGACGCCGUCGACUCUUGGAAAAAGGGCUAUGAAAAGUUUAGCGACGUCACUAUCCCUCCCAAGUACACCUCAACCGAAGAAUUGUACAAGACAGGAGCAGCAACAAACUUUAUCUCGCUCGUCAGCGAGGGAGCCGAUACUAAAGUCACUUGCUACACCGUCACUGGCUGCACCGAAGCAGGUUUGGUUUGCGUGCUGAAGCCUGCCGUCUUCACGGAGGAGCAAUCGCCUAUUACGGAGGCGACCUGGGCGAAGGUUACUAAGACUCUCAGCAAUGGAGCUACCGUUGCCUCGGUCUAUGUGCAAACCGUGUGCCAGCCUUUUAUCCCAAUAAAACAUCUUGAACUGAGGCAGCUCCUUAAACGGUGUGUAAUUUUUAAUGACAUGUCAUCCAUUGAUCACCUCAAUAUAGACCACCUCAAAUUUAGCAGCUCGGCAACUUUUGAAGCUCUAUUCUUUACAGGUAUAGAGAGCCCAAUGCUUGACUGA